AAGGAACAAUUUCGAUCAAGAUGGCGUCGAGAAUCAUGCAUGGUCGGCGAGAGGGUCAAACAAGAGGUAAUUUCUCGAAGCUAGCUCGUAUUCUUGUACUGAAUUUGUGACUUAACAUGUGUUACAUCUUUCAACUACAUAGAAUUUGGUGGAGCGAAAGUCAGCGUCAUUCCUGAAGGAGUUGACCCGCGUGAGGUGAGCGUGUUUUCAUUAUAAUUUUGAGAUACUUUCCCCGAACUUUAGCGUCGGCCUAUAACAGUACAUGGGAGAAAAAUUGUGCAACUUUGUAAUUAUAGGUAACAGUUCUCCAGCCCGAUUCGUGGAGGCGCAUCCAGAACAGCCUUUCGCGAUAUAACGAGGAGCAAAUGCGACUGGAAGCGAAGAGGAAAGAAAGAGAGGACCUCCACGCCAUUUCUAAAGAAUCAGUAAAACACUGGGAAAAUACCAUAGAGGUACGGUUUUAAUUUUCUGUCAUAAUUUUAAUUUUCCCAAUAAAAGCUUUGUUCAGGGUAAGUGAAGUUUAGUUGUUUGUGUGCGUGUGAACCCAGAGAUUUGAGGUGAUGGUCACGAUUAUGUUAUGUUGCUAUGUUCACGUAAUAACCAAACGACAUUUUUCCGAGGGGAAUGUUCAUGCUUCUUUACUAGACUUCACGCCGUACUUCUGAGCAUACUUAUUAUACUUUGAAAGAGGAUAUAAUGCUCUUUUUAUAGCCAGUAUUCGUGGAUAUUUUGCCAUAAAUAACACAAACUCCAUUGCAACAUAUACAUGUAGAUUUCCACUAAAUCGACUUAUUUAACAUGCACGUAGAUGCACAAGAAUCUCGCUUAACGAUCAUUCCCUUUCAAAACUUACCGAUAAAAAGGUGGUAUGAAGACUGCAUUUCGGUGAUGUCUCAAUAUAUAUUGGCUAAUUUUUACAGGGUCAGAGACUGAAGAAACUACAAGCACGACAAUUACGAGAAGAAAAGGAGGAGGUGAGAUAAACAGAAUCAAAUAUUAGGUGUAAUAAUAGCCUGUUUUCAAAAUUUUCCCAAAAUUGUCUGAGUUGCUUUAGUGACUUGGGAAAUUUUGGGAAAACUUUGAAAUCAAUAAAUUGUUGCCUAAACAACAAAAAGACUAGUGCUUAAUCAUUACCAAGUAAUUAUGCCCUCUUGAUUACCUAUAGUGCCCUCGUGAUUAAGAAAAAAACUCCCUCUGUCUCAGUCAGUCACCAUUUAGUAAUUUUGCCCCUGUGUGUCGUAAAUGCAGCAAAUGUAAGAGAAUACUAUAUGAUACUGUUCGCACACUGUGUAAAUCAGUUAGUGCAAAGCUGUUAACUAUAAAGUUGAGAGAAAUGAAGAGGACCUCAGCCUCAUUACAGAUUUUUUUUCCUUUGGCAGGAGGAAAAAGUCAAGAUUGACAAAGAAGAAGCAAAACAUCAGGCCCAAAAAAGAAAGGAAGCUAUUGAGAGAGCAAAGACUUUGCAAUAUUAUCAGACUGACAGAGUAAAGACAUUCCAUGUAAGAAAUGUCAUAUGUCAGAUGCUGCAGAAAAACCCUCUUUAUAACAUAAUUGAGACACAAAUUCAUUGGGCCAGCAUACAAACAUAUGAAUAACCUGUUUCAGGAAGUUUUAAUUUUCCUGCUCUCAAGAACCAUGUUUCUAUAUACAUGUAUGUAUGCUUUCGAAUAGAGAUGACAUAUUUUAGUCCUAAAGGCUGUCUGAACCUUGGAUAUAGUGCACACCUCCUUUAAUUUAAAUGGGAUCUUGAACUGGAGAGAUGUUUCAUAGCUUAAUCUGCUAGUGUCAAAUACAAUAAUUGUUAAGAAGUUUGCUUAACUAGAUCAAUGCCGUUGCAAGACUUCUAUAUAAAGUGCAUGCUUGUUCUAUUUUCAAUCCCUGAUUGUUUUGAGUGAGCCAAUGCUGGGCACCAAAUUUUCAUUAUUCUGGGUUGUUGCCCUGGCUGACACUAUAUUUGUUGUAAAGUUUUUUUUCUUUUGUGGUUCCCCUCCUAAUAGGGUGCCCUCCUUCUAACAGAGGUUCUUAAAGAGAGAGAUGCCCAGAUUGAUAUGAAAAAUGGCCAGCUUAAUGCUGAUAAGAUUAGAGAGGAUCAUCUUUUAAGACUUCAGCAGAGGGUAAGUCAUGAGGGACAAUAUUUUCAUGAAGGUCUGCAUGUGCUGAAAAAUUUGUGAUAAACCCUCGGAUUUAACUGUACCUGUUUUCUAAUUUUUUUGUGGUGUGAAUUUAAGUGUUUGAUUAGAUGUACAUAACUGCACAAGUACAACAUUUAUCCUCUAGAUGUAAUUUAAGUCUACAGUCAGUUAAUGAAAAUAUUGGGGAAAGUUCUUGUAUCUUCACUUGGUUAAUCAUAACCAUUACAAUUUCCUCACAUGUGAUUGGUACAUCAGCUGCUUUAUAUAUCACUAAUCACUCUGUACAGUUAUAAUCGAACAGUGUAAUCGGACAGUUGGCUGUAAUCGGACACCUGUUAUCGGACAGUUGAAGCAGCCAAUCAUACUAAGUCCACUCAGCUAAAUCCACCAAUCAUAGAAUUAAUCACAAUAACCAUAGCAACAACCACUUAUCCAAAGAAAAACUAGGCAAAUGGAGGAAUUUUUAGCUAGAGACAUUGUCUGGUGUAUUUGUUUUUUCGGAAAUUGAAAUGAUUAUGAUUAAUUGGUAACAGGAUUUCUAGUCGUCCAAUUCUGUCUGUAAUCAUACUUGUGAUAAACAAAGUGGACUCCCGCUUGGUGGUCGUCCAAUUUUAUUAAUCACUCGUAUGAUUACUGACCAAACUGGACUCCACUUAGUCCUUAUUAGUAACAUUACAAGAUGUACAAUGAGCAUUGCUGUUUAUUUUUUUUUUCCUUUUUUCAUUACAGGCAUUUUUUGUACAGUGCAUGUUUGAUCAAUUUAUUUUGAAGCCUGCUUUGGGUUUAACACAGAUUUUUUUCCUUUUCUUCCUUCUUCAUCCGCUUACAGCAACGUGAGGAAGCCAUUAUGGAAGAUCAAAAGAGGGCUUUAAGGAGAUACAAUGAGAGAAAAGCAGUGGCAGAUUUCCAAAACCUUCAGUAAGUAACUUUACAAAUGUCAGUUUACUGAGGAUAAUUAUAGAUUACUUCAUAGAAACUAAAAAUUCUCUUAUUCAAUAGAAAGUGCAGAUUCUAAAAUUCCUGCUAUAUUCACAGUUCUAAAAGUGUCAAAAACUAUUUUAAGGUAUUCGGAACAAUGUUUCAUCAAUGUGUACUAAUGUACACUGUUAGUAUGUCUUGAUCCUGAGUCACUAUGUACAGUGAUUCAUAUCUUUUACAUGUAUUUGUACUUUGCACAUGAAACAGCCACCACCCAAAUAACAAGCACCUUCGGAAGAAUGAUGAAUAACUUGUCCUUAUAAAGUUUACACCAGCUUAAAUGUUGUGGUUCGAAUCUUUUGUGUUUGGCUUACUAGUAAUGUUUUCCAAACUAAUGUCAUUUUUAUUAAUUAAGUAAUUUAUAUGUUAAUCAGCAUAAUAUGAGACAAAUACUUGACUAGUUUACAAGAUGUUAAUUUCACAUGCUUUUCUUUCUAGAAUUCUUGAUCACAUUGAAGAAGGGAAAAAAGCAAAACAAGUCGACAUAGAAGAGGGAGAGAAUGUUAAGCAACAAGUUGACAUGUACAUGGCAGCAAAGAAGACCAUUGAAGAACAGAGACGAAAGGUUUGUUUAACCCUUAAACUCCCAUUGGUGACUAAUAUGUAAAUUCUCUCUACAAUUUCUAAACAUUAUCCAGAAAAAAAGUAAUGAGAAUGCUAGAACUCAUUGGGAAGAAGUUGUUAUCCUGGUCUACAUGUAAUAUCAAAUUCUUGUAACUAAUUUACAAGGGAUUGUAUAUCAGCUAAAGAGGAGAAUUGACAAACACAUCAUGGGAGUUAAGGGGUUAAAUACAUGCAUUGCAAGUUACAGAUCUCUAUGUAGAAAGAAAUGUGUACAGGUACUGUAUGUGUACCAGUGCACAACAAAAUGUUUUUCUCAUCUAUUGAUGGGCCUUUGGAAUCCAAUCAAAAGAUUCCAUGUUGUACUGUAUAGCCAUUUAUAAGAGUUACAUGUAUCUCAGUAAAAGUUGUUGAUUGAGAGUUUGCAGUUACAUGUGCAUGUACAUUGUAAAUCUAGUUUUGGUUUUCAGCCUGCAUGCAUGUAGCUAUAUGUACCAGACAAGUGUUGCUUGGGAAAGUAAUUUUGACACCUUUCGAGAAUGUAUUUUAAAAGAACUCUACUUGGAACAGAUCUGGCUAAGUGGAAGAAUUACCUCUUUUUUCAAAUACAAUAUCAUUGUUUUAUUUCUUUGAAUUUAAGGAUAAAAAGGACAUUAUGGAAGAACAUCAGAGGCAGCUGGCUGAUAGAGAAGUAUGUUUAACUUGAUAAAAUUAAGGCUGUGCGUGUUUAAAAGGCGACUGCAGUGUAAUAAUAGUUUUGGAUAUUCCAUUGAAAGGGACACGUUCAUAUGUUAAAGCAAUUUCUUUUGUUUUUGCUUUACCAGGUUAGGCGUCAGUCAGAGCAGAAAAAAGCUGAAGACGAAGAAGAAGAAAUUCGACAAUUUGCUCAAGCUAAAAAGGUACUUAAGCCUUAAUGAGAAGCUCAGAAUUUACAUUUGUUUCUUGUUCUAUGUUUUGUUUUCAAAAAAGUAGCACCCUUCGAAUGUUGUAACGCUCCAAACAUCAGCUUUUCAAAAUACUUGCCGUCGUCAACUUUAAGUUGAGAAGGGAAGUAUCCUCGGUUUUGCUGUGUUUUGUUAACGUAUUGUUUCUCGUCUUUUUCAACUGUAGAAAAUGGCAAGGAUGCGUAAAGAGAAAGAAAGUGAACUAUUCAGGUAAUGUAUCGUAUGUACAGUGUAAAAUUUUAACAUUUGUACGGAAUUUAUUCUCGGUCUAAAAAAGAUAUACACAAAAAUUCCUGUAUUUAGUAUGCCAUUUAUCAGUGUUGAUCAAUCACUAGUCUGUUUAGCAAGCACAGGUCAAAACACAUUCACACUGUUUUUACAUUUGUACCUCGCUAAAGGUUAGCUCAUGGGGGGUCCUCUUGAUGUUGAAAAUCGAAGAAAAAUUACAGCAUGAGUCGACAUUUUUAUUUGACCAGUCGCAUCAACUGAAAAUUUUGCUCGCUGCAUCUUCCCGCAGUUUCUCUAAACUCUUUAUGUUUGUUUACAGAGCCUUCCAGGAUCACACGGAGAGAAUGAGAAAGAAGCUGGCCAACCAGAUGCAGCAGCAAGUGGAUGAUGAAGACGACAGAAUAGCGAAGACUGUGGCAGAAAGGGAAAGAAAGCGUGAGGUAUAAUAACAACAAUUCUCAAUUCAGCAAUAAAGUAGUCUUCAAUCGUGCGCUGAGGGAGCGAAACUGAAACAAUUGCGGUGGAGCCAAUUUCACAUUCGUAUGCGUUAUUUUUUCGCCGAUUUCCUUUCGAAAUAUUCCUUUCUUCUGAUUGGCUGAUGCGAGAGAGAACGGUUUUCAAGUGAGUGUUGAAAGUAUUCCGAGGUUGGUUUGGUUUUGGUUCAGAAAACUCGCGCAAGGCUCUUCACCGAUUAGACUCGGUCACUCGCGUUUUCCCCAGCCUCAGCAGUUUUCUUGUUUUUACUGUGAGCCCUUAUUUGGCUGAUGAUGGUAUUAAUCUGUGUUCUAAUUAGCAGCAGUGAUUGAUUUGUUUUUUUUUUGUUUAACAAUAAUGAAUUUAAUUUUAAAUUGAAAGCGAAAUAAGAAAAGAUUUUAAAAUUUUGGAAACGAUCGUUGUCUGAUAGCUGUAAAUUAAUAAGUAUUUUUAUUAUUCUAUUUUGCUAGGAGGAAGAGAGACAAAAAUACGAGGCCGAUAUGAAGGCCAAAAAGGAGAUUCACGAUCAAAGGAUCUACAUGGUAAUCUUUUAACUUAGCGUGUUAGACUGUAUAUCCUACACAAGGCGCUAUAGUUGUGAUGUAGCGAUUUUGUGUAAGGACGUUAUACAAUAAUUAUUUUUUCUUUAUUAUUUUUUUUUAUGUGAAGCUUGAUUGAUGCCAUGAAUUAUCCCGUGAAACGUGAUUUGAGCUUUUCAAAAAUUAUUGUUUAUAAUAUCAAAUUAUGUUUUAUUUAAAUUAAUGAAGAUGAUGAUCGUCUAGAUUUGGCAUAAACGUGAGGAAAGUUUCAAUAUUCCUCUUGACGCGUGGAAAGGCAAAUUAAUUCAAAAUGAACUUGUAGGUGAUCGAAUCUUUCCCAAAAGUAUAGGGUACCAUUUCAAAAGGUCUGGAAAGGGAGUCACUGAAACAGCUUUCGAUGGCGAUUAAACCGUUUAUUCUCCUAUGGUUCUUGUUCGUUAGUUGAAAUAAUUUUGGGAACAAAAGAAUGAGCACGACCCCAUAAAAGUAUUUCCUACAUUUCUUACGCAUAACACAACACAGUACAAUACAUACCGCGAGAUAACUUGCUUGCUGCGUUGUUGCACUUGAGAGCAGUUCCUGUGAAGAAUUCGGUUUUUUCUUGGUACCUAACUGCUCAAGUUAUUUCCUAACAUCACGCAUUCUUCACACGUUCCAGAUGAAAGAAAAUGAACGCCGGGCCAUGGAGGAGGCCAAAAAAGAUCGUGAAAUACUCCGCAACAGAGUGAAAUCUGAUAAACUGGUAAGUAUAGUAUUUCCAUGAUCAGCAUUGCGUAGUUUUAUAUUUCGCGUUAUUGGUUGUGACAACUCGCUAUUGAAAAGUAACUUUGUAGCUGGCUGCUAGUAUAUAUUUCCCGUGUUGAAUAUUCAGGGGUUUUCGUUUUCAAGUCGAGAAGGAUUAGUCUACCUCUUUUAGCACGGGAUUGUUAAUUUUUAUUCCCCUGUUAUUUUGACAUUUAUUUUAUACAAAUGUGAUAUCAGUUGAUCUUUUCUGUUGUUAUCUUGUAGUUCCACAUGAAACAAGAAGAAAAACGUCUGGAACAGCUGUCCGAAUGCAAGAAACUCAAAGAACUUCAAACGCAACAGAUUGUGAGUACUUAAGUAUCAAUUCUUUGUUACAUAUUAAUCAUAACUGUUUAGCCAAUGAGAUAGUUAGAAACACGGUGUUUUUGAAAUGCAAUCGUUUGUUUCACGAUUUAAUCACUUCAGAUGUGGAUCACAACGUUGCAACUGCAGUAAGACUAGCAGUAUGCAUUACAUUUUUCUUUUGAAAGUGUUAUUUACCACGAUGACUAACCAAUACCUAUCUUACUGUGUUUUUGUAAAGCAAGGUGACUUACUGGGUACUCUAAUAUCCAAUAAUACCCUGAGGGGACCACGAAAAGUGUGUAACUGCAAUCAGGGGCCAAUUUAAAAAAAAAAAAAAAAGUACCAACUAGCUACUAACAAAACAAACUCCUCGUUACGGAUUGACGCGAAUCGGUUUAUUUUUCCGGCUGGGAGUUUCGCGUUUUCCGUAUAUACGGCAAGAACUACUGAUUUAUUCCGCAUUGUAACGAGUUUUAUUCGUUGAAAUAUUAAAAGCUUCUUUCUUUUUGUCGCCAGGCCGAAGUGAAGGAGCGAGAACAACAAGCCAAGGAAGCAGAACUAGACUUAGACAAACGCAACGGGGAGCUUCUCAGAGAGGAGGAGAUUCAAUUCCAAGAGUACGCUAACAAGGUCAUUACUGAGGCUAGAAACAAUGGCCGUAAUCCUUACCCACUCAUGAAGGCCGCGCAAGAAGGGCCCGGAGGAGGUCGUGGGCCCAAAUUUGAAGGCAAACGAGGGCUUCGACCAAGCUACCUUGUGGGGGAUGCUUCAGGGGUGCAGUUGCCAAAUUACUCCGAUGGAACAGUGAAAGGCUCACACACGAAAAUUUACGGCAAUCCUGGCGAUAGUAGGAAGCGCUUAGGGUUUACCUGGUGAAUUGCCUUAAAGCGCGAUGAAUUUUUACUUGUAAAUAGACUUUCUUUCGUGUCUCGGAAAUAAACUCUUGCCCACAGAAUUUUCAGAAUGACUGGAUUUCAUGAAGUGUCAUACACAGGUUGGAAAUAAACAAGUUACAAAAGACUUUCAGGUUUCCAGCUUAUGAUGGAGAGGAUGUUUAUAUGUCGAUCCCAGUUUCCUUAAUUAAACCAACUUAGUAAUUGGAAUUUAUUGAUUGAUCCAUAAAUUAAGGUAGAGGUGAUGAUAUUAGUGGUAAAAUCGUCCCAGGCAUUUAUUUAUCGGACCUCAAGCCAAAGACAGAAUGAAAAGGCUCUUUCUUCUCUGAGUCGCUGUUAAGUACGGUGGCUGAUGAUGACUGUCAUUAAUGACAUCAUAGGAUUUUUUAUUCAGAGAUCAGAAACACGACAAAAUAUUCUGGCAAAGAAAAGUGUGCAAAUAGAAAAAUAAAGAUGG